AGAGCAAGAGAGAGUUAAUGAUUAACUGCCCUGCCAUCUGAUAUCAUCCUCCCUCUUCGGGGUGUUUGGGAUCUUUUACCCUGCUCAGCCAUUCAGGUCUAACACCCCUGCAGCGAGCAAAGAGCAGGGAGCUGUCAGCUCCCCAAACGCCUGGGCAAUGCCUGCGCCACUGGAGGAGUUCUGUGGCUCCGUCUUUUGGAAUGCUUCCUUACUGGCUGUGCCCCAGCCCGACCUGCCGCUCUGCUUCGAACAGACUGUGCUUGUUUGGAUCCCUCUGGGCUUUCUUUGGCUUUUGGCUCCUUGGCAGCUUCUUCCCAUGUUUAAACCCAGGACCAAGAAAUCAUCUCUAACCAAAAUCUACCUCACCAAGCAGGCGCUGACAACAUUGCUCUUACUGACAGCAGUGGCUGAACUGGUCUUCACGCUUGCAGAGGACUUUGGCCAGUACCCCCACCCGACUCCUGCCAGCAGGAACCCCGCUGUCCAAUACACGAACCCUGCUCUGUACACCGUGACAUGGUUUGUGUACUGCGCGCCCUGCCCUGCCUCUUCGGGCUGCAGGAAUAACUCCUGA